AUGAUAUAUGAUGACGACAUUGACAAUGGCGACGAUAAUGAUGACGUUGAUAAUGACGAUACUUUUAAGGCGAAAGCCCACCAAGAAAAAUCGCAGACUUUGAGAACGCCACCAGAGAACCCACAUUCUGACUUCUCACCACAAACAUCAACUCAUUCCUGCUUAUUAUUUUUACGCCGUAAAUUUGAGUUACACCUAGCUUCUCUGAGAAACCAGUUUCGAUCCACGAUCGAACCAACUUCACCUCACGAUUUAUCAAAUUAUGUGAAAAAGGUUCAUUUUAAAUUACAUGAAAGUUAUCCAAAUCAAAACAGAGUUGUUACAAAACCUCCCUACGAAGUCACAGAAACAGGAUGGGGUGAAUUUGAAGUGGUUAUUAAGAUUUAUUUCAAUGACAGUAAUGAAAGACCUGUGACACUGUAUCAUUUAUUAAAAUUAUUCCAAAGUGAGACAGACAUUAUGUUGGGAAAGAAAUCAUUAGUUUGUGAAUUCUAUGAUGAAUUGAUGUUUCAAGAUCCAACCCAAAUGAUGCACCAAUUAUUAACCAAUGUUCGUCCCAUUAUGAUGGGGACGUAUCGCCAUGAAAAUGACUUUGAAGAAAAACGAGAGAAGACAGUCAACAAUAUCUUGAAUGCUAAAAAUAAAAUCCGUUAUGAAAUAGCUGAAUUAAAUGAACGCUUAAAACAAAGCAAAGAGACAAUACUAAAAUACAAGAAUGAAAUUCUGAAAAUGGAAGAAUGCGACGAUGUUUUAACACAACCUUUGCAAUGCCCGACAACUCCAUUAUCUUCCAGUACUGCUGUUUCUCUACUGACUGCAACUAGUUCUGCAUCUACCGUAUCUCUAAAUGUUUCAGUUGACAAUGGAGCUACCACCCCUACAACAGUUACUACAGCAGCUACAAGUGAAGUCCCCACAUCACUUAGCAUUAGUUCUUCUGCUACAACUAGUAUAAAUACUCUUUCUAUUUGAAAUCAUCACUUCAAAACUUGCUGACAUUAAUCCAAAGGAAUUAGUUCCUUAUAAAUAGUUUAUCAUUAAUUACUGAGCCUGGUUAAGCAGGCUCUGGCUGUGGUAUUCUCAAAACCUACAGUUGGGAUCAACAAAUUUCAUCACCUCAUUUUUAAAAUAAUAUUUAGUUUUUUUUUUUUUUUCUCUUUAACCACCAAUAAAAGCCAAAUCUAUUUACUAACCUA